AAAACCGGCAACCGUUCCCCUUCCAUGCCUAAGAAGCGCUUUCUAAGAAUCAGUGUGGUUUCAUCCAUCGUUUGGCCUCUAUUUCCAAGACUCUGGACUCCAUUUCCCCGUCAAAGGACACCAAUCUCUCUUUCAAAACCUCUUAUUAUCCCAAGACAAUACCCAUUAAAAGGAAAGCCCAUCUUUUUUCUCAAUCUCCUUAUUCAACUCGCACAACCAAAGGGGACGAAAAGAAACGAUUUCAUGUUGUAUUCUUCUCUAUCUCCAUAUCUUUGUUUUCGGUUAUGAGCGUCAUGAAUUUUAUCCGCAAUUCCCCUAUGAAGCUUCCUUCAAGGGUCCUAAACCUCCGAAACUCAUCGUUUUUCGGGCUCAGACAUUGGUUUCAUCAUCCCUUUCCUUGUGAGCAAAAGCUUUUCUGCAAGACCAAUGCUUUUCUUCCGAAUUUCAGUUACAACUCUCAAUUCCACGCCUACCCUUCUCCAUUCUUACCCUUUAGACGCGUUAUCAAUAAUACGAAGAAGCCGAAUUGGUCAACAAGUUUGGAUCUCUCUCAAUCCGGGUCAGUUUCUAGGCCUUACGUCUCUACUGAUGUCAGGGUAGCAUCAAGGGUGAGAGAUCUCUCAACAUCGGUUGAAACCCGCGUAAAAGACCAGAAUUUGGACAAAUUUUACUUGCAAAACGGCAUCAAUGUGAAUCCGUUUGUUGUUGAAAGGAUUGAAAAGGAUGAGAACGUUUUAGGAGGAGAAGUUCCUGUAGCUGAAGAUGUAAACAACGUGAAGAACAUCGGGGAGGCUUUGGAGGGAAGGAAGAGUGGAAUUAAAGUUGAGAGCGACAUUGAAAAGGAGGCAUGGAAUUUGUUGAGAGGUGCAGUUGUGACGUAUUGUGGAUCCCCUGUUGGUACAGUGGCUGCAAACGAUCCAGGUGACAAGCAGCCCUUGAAUUAUGAUCAGGUUUUCAUUCGUGAUUUUGUGCCUUCGGCUUUGGCUUUCUUGCUUAAAGGUGAAGGAGAGAUUGUCAAGAAUUUUCUCCUCCAUACCUUGCAGUUGCAGAGUUGGGAGAAAACUGUGGACUGCUAUAGUCCUGGACAGGGUUUGAUGCCAGCUAGUUUUAAGGUCAGAACUGUACCUCUUGAUGGUAAUAAGUUUGAGGAAGUUCUGGAUCCAGAUUUUGGAGAAUCAGCUAUUGGUCGUGUUGCCCCAGUGGACUCUGGAUUGUGGUGGAUUAUAUUGCUGAGGGCAUAUGGGAAGAUCACUGGUGAUUGUACGUUGCAAGAGAGAGUGGAUGUUCAAACAGGAAUAAAACUGAUCCUCAACUUGUGUUUAGCUGAUGGAUUUGAUAUGUUUCCUUCUCUGUUAGUCACUGAUGGAUCCUGCAUGAUAGACAGAAGGAUGGGCAUCCAUGGUCAUCCCCUUGAGAUCCAGGCUUUGUUUUAUGCUGCUCUACGUUCUUCUCUUGAGAUGCUCACUGCAAAUGAAAGUUCCAAGAAUUUGAUAAGAGCUAUCAAUAAUCGACUGAGUGCACUAUCAUUCCACAUUAGAGAAUACUACUGGGUUGACAUGAAAAAGAUUAAUGAGAUUUACCGAUAUAAGACAGAAGAGUAUUCCAUGGAUGCUACCAACAAAUUCAAUAUUUAUCCCGAGCAAAUUCCUUCAUGGCUUAUGGAUUGGAUACCUGAAGAAGGUGGGUAUCUAAUUGGCAAUCUACAGCCAGCUCACAUGGAUUUUAGGUUCUUCACACUUGGGAAUCUCUGGUCCAUUGUUUCAUCACUGGGCACUCCAAAGCAGAAUGAAGCUAUUCUCAACUUAAUUGAAGCCAAAUGGGGUGAUAUUGUGGGACAUAUGCCUCUCAAGAUAUUAUAUCCUGCAGUGGAGAAUGAAGAGUGGCGCAUAAUAACUGGCAGUGAUCCAAAGAAUACCCCUUGGUCCUACCAUAAUGGUGGAUCUUGGCCAACACUUCUCUGGCAGUUCACUUUGGCUUGCAUCAAGAUGCGCAGAUUAGAACUAGCUGAGAAGGCAGUUGCUUUGGCAGAGAAGAGGCUUUCAAUUGAUCAUUGGCCUGAAUAUUAUGACACUCGAAAUGGAAAGUUUAUUGGAAAGCAAUCCCGACUUUACCAAACAUGGAGUAUUGCCGGUUUCCUGACCUCUAAAAUGAUGUUGGAGAAUCCAGAGACGGCUUCUUUGUUAUUCUGGGAUGAGGACUACAAUCUUCUAGAGAUCUGUGUUUGUGGUCUUAGCAAAAGCGGCCGGAAGAAAUGUUCUCGUGGUGCUGCCAGAUCUCAGAUACUCAUAUAAGUGAACUGCAUUCUUUGCAAGGCAGAGAGCCUCUCUUUCCACUGUACAGCCACAAGUUUAAGGGGAUCAAAGAGCAAUUUUUUCAACCCUUAAAAGUUCUACAUACAGGUUUGUAUUACAAGAUAGUGUAGUAUAGCCACACACACAUUGUUUUUCCAAUCAAUGAUCCAAGUUAUUUGCAAUGGCAUUGAAUGUAAAAGUGAGUGGGAUGAACAGACCCUCAAACUCACAUUGUGACUCUUCCCAAGGCUCUUGAACUGUGUAUAUUGUUUAGCAAAUUUCUUUAUAAGAAAGCAGUAACUAUCAGAAUACCAGGAUAUUGGUUUUGAUUCCCUAUGUUGAAGCAAUUUAAAGCAUGUCUUGCUGUCUA